AUGAAUUUAUACUUUUGGAAUAUUAGAGGGCUGAACAAGUCCUCUAAGCAACAUCUGGUAAAACUUUUUAUAGCUCAAUAUCAUCUAUCUUUUAUUGCUUUACUGGAAACAAAAAUUAGUGACAGGAGAAUGCCUAUCAUUGCUAAGAGAAUAGCAAAAGACUGGAAUUGCAUUACUAAUACUGGUUAUGCUAGUAAAAUCAGGAUUAUGAUACUGUGGGAUCCAAAUGUCCUGGAUAUAAAUUUUGAAAACUUUUCAGCUCAACAAAUUACUUGCACUGUUAAAUCUCUUGAUGGAAGCUUUAAUAGUGUUAUCUCAACUAUCUAUGGACUCAACCAUAUUGAAGGGCGAAAGGAUCUAUGGAAUGAAUUAAGGAUCAUUCAAAACUCAAUUGGGAACUCUCCUUGGCUCUUGUGUGGAGAUUUCAAUUCUAUUAUUAGCAAUGAUGAAAAAUUGGGAGGAUCUUUACUUACUGAGGCUGACUUCAAGGAUUUCAAUGACUUCAUUCAGGACUCAAUGCUAAAUCACUUGAAAACCAUUGGUUGUUUCUACACAUGGAAUAAUAAACAGGAUGAUAUCUCCAGAAUUUGGUGCAGUCUGGACAGAGCUUUGGUUAAUGAUUCUUGGAUCCAUAAUUUCAAUUCUAGCCAGGUUGAAUUCCUUCUUCCAAGCUUCUCAGACCAUUCUCCUGCUUUGGUCUCCAUUCUAGAAGACAGAAUUCAAGGUAAAAGGCCUUUUAAAUACUUCAAUAUGUGGGCUAAGCAUGACAAAUUCCUUACUGCAGUGUCAAGUAUUUGGCAAUCAUAUAUUCCAGGUUGUAAAAUGUAUUCAGUUCAUACAAAAUUUAAAAACCUAAAAGGAGUUCUUAAAGAUAUGAACAAGAGGCAUUUCCACAACAUCAGUGAACAAGUCCUGAGAGCAAAUCAAAACUUGGAAGAAGCUCAACAUAAUCUUCAGGCUAACCCUCUAUGUUAA